AUGGAUGAUCAAGGCGUUGACGCCGAUAUCCACGCUGCGAUUGCCGGAUCCGAAGGAUUGAAUCGUGAUGCAUACGCCAUUGACGCCCACACUCAGGGGUCGUUGUGGAUCGUUAAGGAACUCCACGAUCUCAGCGUAGAGCUCGACCAGGAGACCUUGAAGGAUAGUGAAACGCUCCGGUUCUGGUAUGUGAUUCUGGGGGACCGGUGA